AUCUUUCAAGAUAUAUUUAUGUGGAUGUUUCUGCCAUAAAAUUAGAAAUUAUUACGUGGUAUCAGUAAAAUCUGUAGGCAAAUAAAUAACAUUCCGCAAACUCCAGCUUAUAUUCGAUGGACUACAUGAAUUCUUCAUGCAACUAGACAUUUUAACAUACCGUUCACAUAACAAUUUUUGUUGAUAUAUUUGAGGUUUGUGACUUUUGAAUGUCAUUGUCAGAUUAUAGGGAAAAAGGGAUAUGUAAAUCUUUUCGAUAGUGCGAGUAAACUACGUAUAUGCAUAAAUGACAAAUUCUGAAGAAACACAGAAUGCCCUCGAGCGGAGAUCUACCAGAAACUUUAUUAAAGAAAACGUUCAUAAUAUUAAACAAAUACAAGGCGUAAUGCAGAUGCAGAAAGGAUCGAAGUCAAAGUUGAUAAAAAGUGACAGGUUUCGAAAUUUCCCUACUGGACAUUUUAGGAGAAUAAUCCCGGAAAAAGCCAAUGGGGAGCAAAGUAAAUUUAAGAGAUCUGAGGUAACUUUGAAAGCUAAAUCUGAACUAGUAAAAACUGAGAAAAGACAUGAUAUUCUUUCUGAUGCAAUGCAAAAGUUUUCUCACCGUUCCGUACAAACCGAGAGAACAGAUGAUCUCGUUUCUUUAUACGAAACUGGUGUAAUAAAGUAUGCCAGCGCGAAGCCGUUCAAAUCUGCAACAAAAAAUAAUAGAUGUCACGCUGAAGGGGAUUAUGAAGAUGAUUUCGGAGAAAAAAAUCAUAUUAAAAAGAAUAUAGAAAAUUUGAAACCAAAAACAAUUCGCCACCAAGUUCCUAAAGUUCCUGUUGAUGUUCCUCCGACAUAUCAAAAAGGUAGAUUACCAAAGUAUUUGCAAAACAAAAAAGAGGAAAUCAAAGAAGAGGAGGAUACCUGUCCAAUAGGACACAUUCUCCUUCCUGAAGCCGAAAGAAAAGAUACUUUGAAAUUAUUACGAGAAAGUUAUGCCAGUCGGAUUCAAGAAUUGAAUACAUUACCAGUAAGAAGUGAUACAUUGCGAGUUAAAAAAAGAAAACAAGAAAUUGAAGAAGAUCUAAAGAAAUUAGAUAGCGGUAUAAGGGUGUUUCAACGUCCCAAGGUUUUUGUUAAAAUUGAUUCGUGAAUUAAUUAUAAUGAGGGGUUCAAAACAACAACUCAUAAAAACUAAAUUAUUUGUUCAACGUGGUCUACUCAUUUUAUGUUAAAUUAUCUGGUUGAAAUUGUCUAGAAGAUUCUAUUAAAAUUAUAAUCUGAA